CUUUGACAGUUGAAGGCGUGAGAACAAGAGACAGAGAAAGAGAGGCACGAUGGUUGAAAUCAGAUGGAUUAAAAUGACUUUAUUUGUGAUACUGCUGCUGCUUCAGUUCACAGCAGCAAGUGGACAAACCCUCUCCUCUGUCACCACAAGAGCUGGAGAUGAAGUCACUUUGUCUUGUAACAAUGUGAUAAAAAAUCAGGACAAAUGUAACAGUACUACUUGGAUUCACAGUCGUUCUGGUGUAACAGAGGAGCUGGUUAUUCUUGGGAAGGUUAAAGACAAUGUGAUUUCCAAAGCUAAAUCCAGUAGACUGAGUUUGACGUCAAACUGUUCUCUGGUUAUAAGAAAUGUCACAACUGAAGAUGUUGGUCGUUACACCUGCAGACAGUUUAUAUCAGACAAACAACAAGGUCCAGAUGCUCCGGUGGUUCUGUCUGUGAUUAACAUGGAGGGAACGAUUACCACUGAUACAGUCUCCUUGUUCUGCUCUGUGUUGAUAUACGAUCAGUGUGAACACACAGUAGAGUGGCUGUAUGAGGGUGAUAAGAGUGAUGUGGAGACAUCACAGCGUAACUGUUCAGCCACUGUGACACUUUCGGCUCCUCCUCUUUAUCAGAAAUCAAAGUAUUAUGAGUUACUGAAGUGUAAGGUGACAGAUAAAAAGAGUGGAGAAACCCUGCUGAGUAAAGUCGGCCCCCAGUUCUCAUGUGAGAAAACAGGGAGCACAUCAGUGGGGAGAAACAAUACAUCAUCUGCAAAGAAUGACACUCCAACAAAACAAGGUUGGUGGAGGUUCAUCAUUUUGGGUUUAGCAACACUCAUGCUAAUUGUUCUGGCAGUCUACAUGUGGAAGAGAACUAAAGGGAACAGAACACAGAUGGACGACAAUGCUGUGCAUCAUGAAGAUGAAGAUGAAGAUGAGGGUACAGUGACCUAUGAAAAUGUUGGAGAACCUUCUGCUUCUGUCCGACUCCACUGAUGAACAACUUCAACAUCCACUCACAAAAAAAAAAUGUAAAUAAACCUUUUAAUAUCAUUUUUUAACGUUUUCUAAGGUGUAUAAAAAAGUUAAGUCGAAAUUGUCAUCCAGUUUAACAAUUUAAACUUUAAAUGAAGAUGUUUCUCAUUGCUCUUAAUAUGUUCUCUAUUUGACAUUCAUAGCUAUUAUAUAGCAUCCAACAACAUUCUGCUAUGCACAGAUACGGUGGAGUGAUGUCAUAGAUAUGCUCUGAUUUUGGAACUAAGCCCCUUUGAAGUUAAGCUUUGCUCAAGUUUUUUUUUUUUGUCUUUUUGUGUACAGAUGUAAAUUCAUUAAUUUUAAUUCAUAACACCGCUGUAAAAAUGUUUGCUGUUUGUCCAAAAUGUUUUUGCACACAAUGUUUUGAGGGUUUGAAUGAGUUUUCAACCUUACUAGAGUCUGAAAAUGAUAUAGUCUGCAAAUAAAAAACGUGCUUCACAACGA